GCACCACAGCCAGACUGUUGUCAAGUGAAACGUUGCUAACCUUUCCACACGUCUGUGAGGUUAGCUGUUAGCUUGGACGGGAAGUUUGUGCAGUGUUAUUUCUUCCGCUGUUGUCAUCAUUUCUGCAAACAAAAGAAAAUGCUGGGUUAUAUCUGGCAGUAUGUCUACACAUCCUUCUUGAGAUACUGGGUGAAGUGGUUUAUCAGACAAGCAACAGGGAAAUGUGAACUCCAGAGAAUAUGCUCUGGAUACAAACCAGGAGCAACAAGAGCAACAAAAGCAGAAUACUCCCUUCAGUCAUCAAAGAACCAGGUUUUACGACAGGCUUUGAAAACCAACAAGGAUAAUUUAGAGCAACGUGUGGAUCAAAUAAUGCAAGAGAAGAAUAUCAAACCCCAGAAAGAUCCAUUGUUCAAGGAAAGCCUCACUGUGUGUCUGCUACAGAUUACAGGAUACAGCUCUCUGUAUGUAUCUGUGGAAGAUUUGAGAAAGGAAGUUUUCAGCUCGGAUAACCCUGAACACGAGGCCAUGCUGCUGAAGCUUUGGGACCUUUUAAUGCCGACGGUCAAACUGGAAUCAAGGAUAACCAAACAAUGGGGGGACAUUGGAUUCCAGGGAGAUGACCCCAAGACUGACUUCAGAGGAAUGGGCAUGCUGGGACUUAUUAACCUUGUGUUUUUCAGUGAAAACUACACAGAGGAAGCUCGUCAGGUCUUAUCCCAUGCAAACCAUCCUAAACUUGGGUAUUCAUACGCUAUAGUUGGAAUCAACUUGACUGAAAUGGCCUACAGCCUCCUGAAGAGCGGAGCUUUGAAACCCCACUUUUACAAUACAGUCCUGGGAACACCUGAGCUCCAACAUUUCCAUCAGCUUUACUGCUACCUGGCGUAUGAAUUCGAUAAAUUCUGGCUGUCAGAAGAACCAGAAAGCAUCAUGCAGUUCAAUCAGUACAGAGAAAAGUUCCACAACAACAUCAAGGCACACUUACAGGACCCUGACGUGUCACUCAUAUUGACAGUGCGUACUAAGGCCUGAUGUUCAGGAGAUCCCCUCACCUCUCCGUGACCCCCCCCCCACUGAAGGGAGCAGUGCUGCUGAGGAUGGCGAUAAAUGUAUUAAAAAUGAGAAAUCCUGUAUUUAUUUUUUUUUGUCCCUUUUAAUUGAUGUCAAUCCUGUAACAGUUAUUUUUGAAGGGGUUUGAAAUGGAGCACAAAUGUACCAACCUAUACCUCAAAAGUGACCAUUCCAGUAGUUUCAGCCUAUUUAUAUGAAGGGGAAACGAAGAGGACGGAACAAAUGAUGACUUUUGCGAGUGUUUUCGCACUUUCAAUGAACAAGAAGCCAAAUGGUUCAAAGACAGUUGAAGAAACGUGUAACUACCGUGUUUAACUGCCUGGUUUGUAUUUAUAGUGUGUGUGUGUGUGUGCUCUCACAUUCGUCCUGCUCAGGAAUUUAAUAUUUAUGUCCAGAGAGCAUGGCUAAAACUUCAUGUUACAAAUCAUUUUUUGUGGUGCUCCCAUCCAAAACUGUUUGCAUGGUUGCAUGUCCCACAGAUAACAAUAACACUGUCUGUACUAAGAAGGACUGUUCCAUAAAACUACACAUCUUAAGACUGAUUACAUUUCCAUUACUUGAUUUUAUGCUUUUGAGGGUUUAGUUUGUACAAAGUUACAUCAAAGUUAAUAAACACAUUUUGAUGUUUCUGAUCCA